GAUGACAACGACAACUAAUGUGAAAUGGGUGACAUUCGGUAAUGAAUAUGAAUCGCCCCCAGAGGAAACCUCGGAAACGGCAAACAUACCAAAAGCUGAAGUAAUCCAGGCUGGUCAUCCACAACCACUUGAUCCUACGAAGAUGAAAAAAUCGAGCAAUGGGAGAAUUUCGUUUAUGAAUGUAUUCACCUUGUUCUCAACUAUCGUCAUUCUGAUUCUUCUUGUAGUUUGUAUGGCGCUGCUGACAAAAGAGAAAAAACAACCUCCGUCACUUCUGAGUUCACUUGGUUUCCAAAACCUUUUUUCAAGCACUACUACCAUUAAGACCACCACCGAAGUUCCAGGAAAUGCGAAUGAAAUGCGUAUGCUGACUCUGGUUGAAAUUUUGGUGAGGGAAGCCGGUUGGUACGAAGCAAGUAACGGAUUGUUGUACAAGAGAUUUGAUAAUUAUGCCAACUUCGAAUUGGCUAACAGAACUUGCUCUUCGUGGAAAGGCAGAUUAGCUUCUACAGGAAUAAGAGACCUUGAUAUAAGAGAGUGAGUAUAUUUUUAAGUAGAAUUAUAGGACACAGAGUGAACCUAAGAAUCGUUUUGUUAUUACCGUAUGUUGUUGUUGUGGAAAAUCGCCUACUGGAUCAGUUACUUUUAAAUUUCCAGCUUGUCGUUGUCGCUAUUAUCUUUUUCAUUUGAAAAAUUUUAGCAGGCUCUAUGAUGGGAUACGCUUUGUAGUUUUGUGUGAUGACGUCAUAGAAAUUAAAAAU